AUGUUGUCGAAUCAUUUGCAGAAUGGGAUGGAGACAGCCAAGCUGGCGUGGUCUAGACUUCCGAACGCGGAGGAAGGGCAAACCGACGCUCUUGGCAUCGCAAAGAGCGAUGUGAACAGUGUCGAGAGCCUUGACUAUGAAGUUAUCGAGAAUUACGCUUACUGGGAAGAGCAGGCUCAAAGAGGAAAACUUUUUGUGGGAUAUUAUGUGGUAGUGAAAUGGUUCUUUGCACUGCUUAUUGGCAUCGGUACUGGACUAGCCGCUGUUUUCAUCAACAUUUCCGUUGAGAACUUUGCAGGCUGGAAGUUUGCUCUGACAUUUGCUAUAAUACAAAAAUCAUAUGUAGCUGGAUUUGUGGUGUACAUAUUAAUCAACUUGGCUCUAGUAUUGUCCUCUGUAUAUAUCAUUACACAGUUUGCACCAGCAGCUGCUGGAUCUGGUAUUCCAGAAAUCAAGGGUUAUCUGAAUGGGGUUGAUACUCACGGUAUCCUGCUUUUCAGAACCUUAAUUGGAAAGAUAUUUGGAAGUAUUGGGUCAGUUGGAGGUGGUCUAGCUCUUGGGAAAGAAGGUCCUCUUGUUCAUACGGGUGCUUGUAUUGCUUCUUUGCUUGGACAAGGUGGAUCUACAAAAUAUCAUGUAAGUUCCAGGUGGCUACAAGUAUUUAAAAGCGAUCGGGAUCGCAGAGAUCUUGUAACUUGUGGGUGUGCAGCAGGAGUUGCUGCUGCUUUUAGAGCUCCUGUUGGUGGUGUAUUAUUUGCAUUGGAAGAAGUAACAUCAUGGUGGAGGAGUCCACUUAUGUGGCGUGUCUUCUUCACUUCUGCCAUUGUAGCUGUUGUGGUGCGUACUGCAAUGGGGUGGUGUAAAAGUGGAAAAUGUGGACAUUUUGGUUCAGGUGGCUUCAUAAUAUGGGACACUUCCGAGUUAGGUUCUUUACUCUCUUCAGAUACUUACAUUACUGUGUCUGUUCAGCUUGUUCUAAUUUUAACUUGCCUUAUUUUCAGUGGCCAAGACGACUACUAUAUUAGGGAGCUAUUGCCAAUGGCAGUUAUUGGUGUGAUUGGAGGGUUAUUAGGAGCUUUGUUUAAUCAGUUAACAUUUUACAUUGCUGGCUGGCGUCGAAAUUAUUUGCACAAGAAAGGGAACAGAGUCAAGAUAUAUGAAGCCUGCCUUGUAUCUGUAAUAACUUCUCUUAUUUCCUUUGGUUUGCCACUUUUAAGAAAAUGCAGUGCGUGCCCUGAGUCGGAUUCUGAUAAUGGAAUUGAGUGCCCAAGGCCUCCAGGAAUGUAUGGGAACUAUGUAAACUUCUACUGCAGUAAGGACAAGGAGUACAAUGAUCUGGCAACUCUUUUCUUUAAUACUCAGGAUGAUGCCAUUAGGAAUUUGUUCAGUGCAAAAACAAUUCACGAGUUCAGUGCUCAAAGUCUAUUGACCUUUCUGGUUAUGUUUUAUAGUUUAGCAGUUAUAACAUACGGCACUGCUGUUCCAGCUGGUCAAUUCGUACCUGGGAUUAUGAUUGGUUCAACAUAUGGACGUCUUGUUGGCAUGUUUGUAGUUAACUUUUAUGCGAAGUUGAACAUUGAAGAGGGGACAUACGCUCUUCUUGGAGCUGCUGCUUUUCUUGGGGGAUCAAUGCGGAUGACAGUGUCUUUAUGCGUCAUUAUGGUUGAAAUCACAAAUAACUUGAAACUUCUAGUUCCUAUCAUGCUUGUUCUUCUAAUUUCAAAGGCUGUUGGUGAUGCUUUUAAUGAAGGUUUCUAUGAAGAACAGGCACGAUUAAGGAAUAUUCCAUUACUAGAAUCGAGACCUAAAUACCAGAUGCGGAAAAUGACAGCAAAGGAAGCCUGUGGAAGAGGGGUGGUCUCCUUCCCUCGAGUUGUUAAGGUUGCAGAUGUAGUUUCUAUUUUACAUAGCAACAAACACAAUGGCUUCCCAGUGAUUGACCAUACCAGAAAUGGAGAAACACUUGUCAUUGGACUCAUGCUUCGAACUCACUUGUUGGUACUUCUACAGUCUAAGGCUGAUUUUCAGCAUAGUCCUUUGCCUAGUGAUUCAAGAGGAUCUAGGUUUAUCAGGCAUUCUCUCAACGAAUUUGUGAAACCUGCUUCUAGCAAAGGAAUAUCUAUAGAUGAUGUGCAUCUUAGUUCAGAUGACUUGGAAAUGUACAUAGAUCUUGCCCCUUUUUUGAACCCCUCUCCAUACAUUGUCCCUGAGGAUAUGUCAUUGACGAAGGUAUAUAAUCUUUUCCGUCAGCUAGGUUUGAGACAUAUAUUUGUUGUUCCUCGUCCAUCUCGUGUAAUUGGUUUGAUUACCAGAAAAGACCUAUUGAUUGAGGAAAAUGUAGAUUCAGCCACCUUGGAGCUCCAAUCGACUAGUGUAAGACCUCAGCAUCGCGAUAGAAGUUCAGCCGUAAGGAAUGAAGAAGCGGAGCGCCCACUUCUCAACGGUCUUCUGGUCCAACAUAUGUCAGACUGAACUACCUUUGAAUCUUCCCUGAUGACUGUACUUCUCACUGCUUGUUUCUUAGUUCUUUCUUCCCACUUUCUCUUUGCUCAUCUUCUUUUAUCUUAGGCAUUUAGGGUAGUUAUUCAUUAAUGAUUGGUCUCCUUGCAUGGAGGGGUUUCUUUAGACCCAAGCGUCUGAAGUUUGUAUCAUAUAGAAAUGUAGUCAUAGAAGUUGAAAAACUAACAAUAGCAGAAUUCUAAUAAUUAGGUUAUAUCAAAGACAACAUAAACCUGGCUGAGUCGAUUGCCUAGGUUUGCAAUUUAUUGGAAUUAUUAUACAUUCAAAAGGCUUGGAAGUGAUUAAAGUGCUUCGUUUUUA